AGUUGCAUCCAUAGACAUAUGGUUGCAUCGUCUCGGAUGUCGCAGACUAGCGGGGGAAAAUCUAGGUAUAUGAUGUCACAGUUACAUUGAGUGGGCGGUGAUUUGUUGAUUGGUGAUCGUGCGCGCUACCAGGAAGAGGGACACAGGCCACGCUCGCGUCAAGAAGAAAAGGAAAUGAUGGUCGAUUGGAAAGCAACGCAUCAAGCCUGGUGACAGCCACCAACUUGCGAUCAAAUUCAAACAGUUCGCUAUAACUAAUUGAUCGUGCUUCCCUCAAAGCUAAUUGAGGCUACAAACACUGUAGCUAGCUCCAGUAGAACGACGCCCUGGAAUAUACAAAAAUGCCGAACAUUAAGAUAUUUAGCGGUAGCUCGCAUCGGGAACUCUCUCACAAAAUCGCCGACCGUCUUGGGAUGGAACUGGGGAAGGUUGUCACCAAAAAAUUUAGCAAUCAAGAAACAUGCGUGGAGAUCGGGGAGAGUGUGCGUGGUGAGGAUGUGUACAUCGUUCAGAGUGGCUGUGGGGAGAUCAAUGAUAAUCUGAUGGAGCUGCUGAUCAUGAUCAAUGCCUGUAAGAUUGCCUCAGCUUCCCGGGUGACAGCGGUUAUUCCCUGUUUCCCCUACGCGCGGCAGGACAAGAAGGACAAGGUGGGGAGUCGGGCGCCUAUUUCAGCCAAGCUGGUGGCUAACAUGCUCUCUGUGUCCGGGGCUGACCACAUCAUCACCAUGGACCUCCACGCCUCACAGAUCCAGGGUUUCUUUGACAUCCCGGUUGACAACCUUUACGCCGAGCCAGCCGUACUCAAAUGGAUCAAGGAGAACAUACCAGAAUGGAAGAACUGCACCAUUGUCUCACCAGACGCAGGGGGUGCCAAGAGAGUGACCUCCAUAGCGGACAGGCUCAACGUGGACUUUGCACUGAUCCACAAAGAGAGGAAGAAGGCCAACGAGGUGGACCGCAUGGUGCUGGUCGGGGACGUCACAGACCGUGUAGCCAUAUUAGUGGAUGACAUGGCCGACACCUGUGGUACUGUCUGUCAUGCCGCAGACAAGCUGAUCUCAGCUGGUGCUACUAAGGUCUAUGCCAUCCUGACCCAUGGUAUCUUCUCUGGACCGGCCAUCUCACGCAUCAACAACGCCUGCUUCGAGGCCGUGGUUGUCACCAACACCAUUCCUCAAGAGGAGAAGAUGAAGACUUGUCCUAAGAUACAGGUGAUUGACAUCUCUAUGAUCCUGGCGGAAGCCAUCCGCAGGACCCACAACGGCGAAUCUGUCUCCUACCUCUUCAGCCAUGUUCCCUUGUAACACACGCAUGCAUUCACACACACAUUGUGAGUCACCCGGGGCACUGUUCAUGAGGGCGAAGCACUACAGAGCAUGUGGAUAGACAUAACACAGCAGCAUUGGCAAUUUUAGGAUCUGAUAUUGUCUUCAGGUGGAAAUGGUAAUGGGCUGUUAAUUCAGUUUCUAUGCUCAAUGUUCUGGAAUGUUUCUCCUCUCUGAAUAGAAUCCUGGGUUUACAAUUCUCGGCAAAAUUCCAUUUGAAUUCCUGUUUAUUAAGGAAGUAGACAAUCAAUGUUGUCUUCCAUACUUGUCCAUUUGGAAGUUAUAGAAUCGGAAGUAGGUUUACGUCCUGAAUAAAUGAAAUAUUAAUGGAAUUUACCCAACCCUCACAUGCCACCGUUAUAUUAGCAUCACUCUGCUGCUAAUGCUAACAAACAAUGUAAUAAUCACAAUUCGAACCAAUUAUUACUAUUUACAAUGACAAUUUUACAUUGACUCCCUCUCACCGCUAAACACGUAGAAUCCCGAAUCACUCUUCAGUGUGUAGUGCUCUACAUGGCCUAGUCGAAAUUGGAAUACUACAUAGGGAAUAUGUACAAAGCGUAUCAGGGACUGAAUAAGGUCAGCUUUAAAUAUUUAUUGUGAACUGAAUUAAAACAUGUUUUCUCUCCUUUUUAAUUUACUAUACUUUGACCAUGUUACAAAAAGCUGAGCGUUGUUGGACUUCAGGUCUUUAUUGUAGUGUUAUGACAAAUAAGGCCAUUUGGCUGAAUGGAAAUUUGCUUUAAUUUACAGCGCCACCAAUGUAUUUCUUAGUCUGGGAAAUUCUCUAUAUAGUCUGUAGAGAGUUCAGUACUUUAAAGAAUUAAUCCAGAAUUGGUACUACUAUUUUUGGACAAUGAGAUAUAGCCAUUUAUUCUUGAAGAAUACAUUUGAAACCCCUCCUCAAUUAGCUCAUGGAUGGUCAGUUCUUGCAUCCAACUGUGUGUGGGAUUUUGAGUGACUAAAUUUCACAGACCCCAGUUCUCUGCUGGUUACUUCAAGUUAUGGGCUAGUAGAUUAACGCUUUUAAGACUACUUGGAAUCAUUCUCACAGAGUGCAGAAGGGACGUUUUCUCUUCUAGGUUGUCAUUCUAAGAUGUAAUUUCUAAAUUGUUGGUUUUUAGCUUGGGGGUUUUAGCUCUGCAGGAUGGAGCUUCCUAUAUAACACAAACACGUUAUUUGCUAUUUUCAUUUUUAUUUACUUCAUUUUUACAAUAACAUUUGUAUAAAAAACUUGACAGUGUUAUUUGUCCAACUUCCUAGUUAAAGGUGAUGUGCAUUUUGUUUGUGUUGACUUAAGAUAUGUUGAAUCAGUGCACCAAAUGUCUGAUUGCUGAAUGUGUUCUUAUUAAAGUGAUGGUAGAAACAAA